CUCGUUUUGGAACCGACAGUCAAGGAAGUCGUUGGGUUAUGCAACAGCUUUUUAUUUUACUGCUGAUUCUCUCUAAUAGUUCAGGUCAAGUGCCUGCCCCAACAACCGUUGCUGCUCCAGCACCCAAUGCAACUUCUGCGCCUACUGCUGCCUGCAACCCAUUCAUACAAAUGUGUCCUGGCGCAAACUGCACUACAAAUAAUCAAGGCAACGCAUACAUUGCUGUGAGCUCACCCAACGCAUCCGUUUACUUUUAUACUGGAACUCCAGUGCUUGUCAACUGGACUUACUCUGCAGAUACAGACCGAGCUCAAUUUCCUGCAAAAUCAGUUUCCAUUUAUUAUCAGAGUGCUACUGUCACUCGCACUUGGACAUUAUGGACUACAGUCCCUGCUGCCAAUACCACAUUUAUUGGAACCAUCCCAAAUGCUCCUGCCAACAGCUAUAAUUUGCGUAUCGUUGCUGAUAACGUUGAUCCCACUGGACUGUCUGGAACCCCCGCAUCUUGCUUCAAUACUGGAUUUCCAAGAAUGGGCAUUGCUAGUUUUAGACUGCUUGUUUCUAAUCAAAUCCCAGUCGCCAAGUCAAACCCGUUUCCACCCAAUACUGCAACCAAUGCUGCAUUUGAGCCAGCUUCCCCAGUAUCAACCAGCAUGGCUGCAAUUCUACUUCCAUUACUGGCUGCACUUGGAACCAUUGGAUAUCUUUCUUUUGUAUGAUCCAUGUUUAUUUUACACGAUGGAUCUAUCUUGGUUUAGUAUAUACAUCAUUAAGCCAUACAGUCAUCUCCUAGACACUUUAACUGUUAUGAAUAGGUUAUCUUACAACCCAAACUUGUUUUUUCGUAUAAAGUCUUGUCAAUC